AUGUCGAUGACACACUCGCCUUUGACGGAUCUGAAAUCCGAGGACAACCCAAUAACAGAUGUUUGUGCCAACGAAUCUUUAGGGGAAGACAUUUACCAUCUGAAGCAGCAACUAAAUCAAGAGUCUUUAAUACGACUGUCACUCAAUCAGAUCCCUCGAAUGUUUCCUUCGUUUCACGCCCGCCUUUCACGCUCUGUGAGACAGAUUGGCUUCUACCAAACUGUUAUCUUUGACUUUGAAGUAGUGGACACAACAAAUUCCUACGAUCCACAAUCUGGAAUUUUCACUGCACCAGUAGCUGGAAUAUAUGUCUUUUACUGGAAUAUACUGUCUAAUGAAGCCUCAGGAAUGGACACAACAUUAGAUUCCUCUCAAGGAUCUUUAGGAUAUGGAUUCGUCAGCCAUGCUGUAAAUUAUGGAAAUGGGGGAAACUUGGUAAUAGCCAAACUGACUUCCGGAACGAAUGUAUGGGUGAAGAAAGCUGCCAGAUACGGAAAUUACAUACAUGAGAGAUUUUCGACAUUUACUGGUUAUAUUUUACAUGCAUCAGGUUGA